CUCGGGGCUCCGCGGAGCUCCGCGGCCGCCGGGCAGCGCCAUGAACCUGGGCGAUGGACUGAAGCUCGAAACUGAAGUGCUGGAUGGGAAGCCUAGGCUAAUUUUAGCUUCUUCUGGGACAAGUUGUUAUUAAAUACUUCUUUCAUAUGUUUGUGUUUGUUUCCCAAAAGAUAAAUCAAAGCCUGCCAUGAAGAUGGGUAAUAAAGCCAGAGCCCCUAAACAGGCACUGAGAAUAAAGCACACUGGACUCAUCUUGAGGCCAACACAAAAUGCUUGUAUCAAGCAGGAAAAUGUAACAAAACCAAGGAGUGAAUCAAGCUUGUCAAUGACAAAAGGUGAAAAACUGCAAGUUAAUAAACACUCCUCACAUGAAGCCACAACUAAAGGUUACUCUUUGAUUUUCCAAAGAGAUAAAACAAGCAGAUAUCCUGAUUCAGAGGAUCCUAGCAUUGUGAAAAAAACUAAACACAAACCUCAAGCCCCACAUGUAUCAGCUGAAGACUUAAAAAGUUUGGUGUGUUUAACACAAACACAGCUUCAACAGAUUUUGAUGAUUGUUAAAGAAGGAAGAAGCAUCUCUGAGACUCAGAAUGAAAAGCAAGAGGAAAUGGCUACUAAUGAGGCAUCAGAGGAAAAUGUUAUAGCAUCACUCCAAAAAGAUUGUGAAGUGUCCCCAGUUCCAGAUGAAGCAAACUCUGAUUCAGGCAGGAAACAAGAAGCACAUCCACAGCCAGGACAGAAUGUUAUAAAGGAUUCAUGGAAACCUGCUGACUUGUUUAGUACCUUGGGUGAAAGAGAAGGGGAGAAAGCCUUACUGGAAUUUAAAAAGACCCAAUGGAAGAAGGAAUUAGAUGAACAGGUAGCACUGAAGAAGAAGCUGAAAGAAACUUUGGAGGGAGAGGUGGGUUGUUUUUGGGCAAAACUUGGCAGCAAGAAAACCUCUAAAGUGGAAACACCUGACCCAGAGCAGACAGUGCUUCCAGCUGACUCAGGUCAUGGCACUGAGGAGAACUCUGCCUGUACAGCUGCUUCAGCCACAGAGGCUGAUGGAGUUGCACUGAAUGUUCCAAGAGCUCCAGGUGGGCAGUCUUCUGAUUUCAGUCCUUCUGACUUUCCAGCUGGCAGUUGCACAGCAUUGGCUUUCAGGGAAGCUGUGCUACAGGAGCGACCUUUUAGUGCUCUGAAACAAGAGCAACAGAAGAAGUGGCUUGAAGAGUUGGACAAGCAGAAGGAAGAAGCCAAACUACGAAAAUUAGAAGAAAAACGUAAUUUAUCAAAGGCAGAAGAGCAUGACAGAUGGGAAAUGCAUUUUGAUUCUUUUAAGAAGCACUUUAAUGCUAAUGCACAACACUGCUUAAAUGGAAUGCACAGAAAGCCUGAAAGUCUUUCCUUGUCACCUGACCCCAAGGACCCGACUGCUUUCAUUCCCCCUUUGUCCCCUGCAGCUUUAGGCAACCUCAUGCCCUUGCAGAUAGGAACUGCAGAAAAAGCUGCUAAAAAUGGUGCUUUGGAACAAAGUCAGAGAGUCAGUUUCCUCCGUUCCAUGACGGCUCUGCUGGACCCUGCACAGAUCGAGGAGAGGGACAGGAGGAGGCAGAAGCAGUUGGAACAUCAGAAAGCAAUAAUGGCUCAGGUGGAAGAAAAACGGAAGCAGAAACAACUGGAGGAAGAGCAGAGAAAAUGGGAAGAGCAACAGGAAGAACUGCGCCUGGCACGAGAAAAAGCACAACUGCAGAAACAGUUUGAAGAAGAAAUGCUGAAACAAAAGCAAAAGGAGGAGCUUGCAACUCUUAAAGCCAAAGAGCUUUAUCAGACAGUGGAGAAAGCUCAGGAAUUAGCCCAGGGAUCAAAACAAGACCAGCACAUUCCAGACUUGGCUCAGAAGGCACAUGAUAUUUCAGAACUUCAGAACAGUCUUGGUGGUGCACAAAGUGCUGCUUUCCCUGCAGGUGUGGAGGGCCCCCCUGGGCAGCAGGCCUCCCCUCGGAAGGACACGGCGGUGCAGACAGAUUGCUUUAAUACUUCAGCAUACACAGGGUCAGCUGAGGAAAGAACUGCAUAUUGUGAAUCACCUGAUAUUUCCAUAGAAUAUAAAGAAAUCUCUAACAGCAAAAAAUACCAGAAGGAAAUGCAGCAUAUGGAUAAAAAUAAACUUCCAGGAAAAGGGACUGGUGGUAUUUACAGUGACCUAUAUGAACAAUAUGCAAGAAAAGAAAGACACAUUAAAUCUUCAGAAAAACACAGCAAAAGACCUGACUGGAACAUAAACAAGCCUGGGAAAAGAUACAUUCCAGCUUCAGAAAGGUACCCUGAGCCCCUGCAGAAACAGAGGGAGGAGAACAAGGUGCGCCGGCAAAUGGAGCUGCUGCAGCUGGUGGAAAGGAACAGCCCUGGGCAGCUGAGUGCAAGGAGAGGGGGGCACUCAGCCAGGUCCCUCUCACCUCGGGAGGAAACAGCUGUGAGGAAAAAGGGCCACAGAGGCAGAAAGGAAGAAAAAUUUCAUAAGAAUCACUUGAAUGAAGAAAGAUCUGAAUCACCACCCGUCCCAGCAGUUAGGAACAGAUUCCUCCAAGCACAAGGACAGAUCCAAGCUUCUCCUUUCCCGCUGCACGGCCAGCUCAGUGGAAGAGAGAAGGAUGCCCGGGCUCCUCCCCCGGCGCCGCAGUUCGUGCCCUUCGUGCGCACCCGCGAGGUUUUCUGCCUCCCCGCCGGGGCAGCGCCCGGCCACCCGCACGAUUCUUACCAAAUGCCACGACAGAUUUUUAGCUCAGAUCAUGUUAGAGAUCCUCUUCUAAAUCCUGAUGCAGUUACAAUCAGAGAGAGACAACAAGAAAUUCUCAAAGGAUUGUCAAAAUUACGACAGGGCCUCCUGCAGAAGCAGAAGGAGUUGGAGAACACUUUGAUUCCCACUGUAGCUCAAGAGAACUUCAUGCCACCGUUCUGAGAGGUGCAUAUGAAUGUUCUGAAUCCUUAAUAUGGAAAUGCACAGCAUUUUGCUACUGUAAUUAAUUACAAACCACCUCUAGCUUUUUUAUGAAAAUUAAAUUAUGAGAAUUUUGAUAGACUACAGGGUCAUUACAUUUUAUAUUGAAGAUAUUUAAACUCAUGAUGGUUUGUCUGUUUAGAAUGAUUUUCAUGCUACUUGAAGACAAGUGUCAAUUUAAUAUAAACUACCAAAAACAUGGAAGUAAACUGUUAUAUGGGUUUUUAUAGAACUCAGUGUGUGAAUUUUGAUAAAUAAAAAGAUUAAGAUGCAUUCUGAA